CCAAAAGAAAACGCCAUUUUUUGUCGAUUCUUCGUCGUCCUUCUUUGAAAUUCACACCAAUUUGUCUCUCUUCCUAGAGAAACAAAGAUUAUUCGAAACUCGUGAAAGUUUGUUCUCCGGUCACCGGAAAAUUGAUUAUUUCCGAUGGCGACCGGUGAUCAAAAUCCGAGUGUGGAUAAGAAGAAGAAGAAUCUCUUCAGGCUAUGUCCGUUUUGGCAGAGGAGAAGAAGCACUACUUCUUCAUCUUCGUCUUCAACACAGAAUCCAAACCAAAACUACCGUAGCCGCCAUGGACAUCGGAAUACAGAUAUUUCCGCCGUCUCUAAGUCUUCCUUGACUAUGUCUUCCGUUGCGAGAUCACUUCUUCCAGCUCGCCGUCGUCUCCGACUAGAUCCUUCAAGUUAUCUGUAUUUCCCUUAUGAACCUGGUAAACAAGUGCGUAGCGCAAUCAAGCUUAAGAAUACUAGCAAAUCUCAUACUGCAUUCAAGUUCCAAACAACGGCACCUAAAAGUUGUUAUAUGCGUCCUCCCGGUGGUGUUUUGGCUCCCGGAGAGAGUGUUUUUGCUACUGUUUUCAAGUUUGUGGAACAUCCAGAGAACAAUGAAAAACAGAAGUUGAACCAGAAGAGCAAGGUUAAGUUUAAGAUUAUGAGCCUGAAAGUUAAACCAGGAGUAGAGUAUGUGCCUGAGUUGUUUGAUGAGCAAAAGGAUCAAGUAGCAGUGGAGCAGGUUCUUCGGGUCAUUUUUAUUGAUGCGGACCGCCCGAGUGCUGCAUUGGAGAAACUGAAACGUCAAUUGGAUGAAGCUGAAGCUGCAGUUGAAGCAAGAAAGAAGCCUCCCCCAGAGACAGGGCCUCGAGUGGUCGGGGAGGGUCUUGUCAUAGACGAAUGGAAGGAGAGAAGAGAGAAGUACCUUGCUCGGCAACAAGUCGAAGCCAUAGAUUCUUCAUCCUAAAAAGCAGAGAGCAAUGUGGAUUUGUUAUACGCUUAUAGCAGAGGUAAAAGAAGCUCUUUCUUCUUCUUUUUCUUUAUCUUCUGCGGAUGUACAUAAUUUAUUAUCCCUCGAUUAUCUCUAGACGAUUUGUACUUUGUUGUUCUUGUAUGUCUCUGUUUGUUGUGUGAUUCACGCUGCUUUUUUCUCCUUCAUCAAAAUUUGUUUCGGUUUAAUCGAAUUCCGUUUGUAGUUGAUCUAGAAUGGAACCAAAAUUUGUUCAGUA